AUAAGUUAUGUUAAUAUGGUUUUCUGUGCCAUCUCAGGCAGCUCUCAAGGUCUGAGGAGGAAGCAGCGCUCUGUUCUCACAAAUGAUGAGCUGUUAUACGACCCAGACGAGGAUGAUCGCGACCAGGCUUGGGUGGAUGCAAAAAGAAAAGAAUACAGAAAUCAGAGGCGGCUGCCACCAUCAGCAAACAGAAGAAACAAACCACACGCUGUUCCAAGCAGUGAUGCUGUCCUCAACUGUCCAGCCUGUAUGACCACCCUGUGCCUGGACUGUCAGAGGCAUGAGAGAUAUCGGACGCAGUACAGAGCCAUGUUUGUGAUGAACUGCACAGUCAACAAAGAGGAGGUGCUGUGCUAUAAAACCGCCAAUAAGAGAAAGCAGAACCGGCACAGAAAGAAGGCCCGUCGGGAGAGCACAUCCACAUCCACAGAGGCUGAAAUGGAGUCAAGUGCAGGUCUGACUGAUGCACGCUUGGCAGGAAUGGAUGAAGAAGAGAUAUAUCACCCAGUCAAGUGCACAGAAUGCUCCACUGAAGUGGCAGUGUAUGAUAAAGAUGAAGUGUAUCAUUUCUUCAACAUCCUAGCAAGUCACUGCUAAGGACAUUUACUGGACUUAUAAAUACAAACCACAUGUUUUGGUGAUGUGCAUCACCAGGCAACUUUGCUGUACAGUACAUAGAGAGAGUUACG